AACCGGUAGCUGCGCGCCAACUGCGGCGCACACGUCCCACCGGCAGUCGGUACCCGACUGCCGCGCCGCACGCACGCGAGUGAACGAGUGUGCCAGCGGCGAGCUCAGGCGAACGAAAGACGACGGAAGACAUUUCCGGGAAAACGAACGAACCGGGUCCACGGAGGAAAGAAUUGCCAGGGCGCUUGCCGGAGCGGGAGGUUAAAGAAGCGGACCGGAUGAAGUGGGAACUGAAAGACAGGCACUCCAAGUCUCCGCGCGCUUACCAGAUCGUAAGCGAGAGGCCGCAGAUCGCGACCCAGCGCCCGAGCGACGGGGUCGUGUCUCCCAUAGCGAAUAACUACUCGACCGCGGACGUGGCAUGCAUAGACCAGAUGCACGCGGGAGGCAAGGGCGGCGGCCACGGACCCCCGCCGCCGUCGUGGCCCAAGCUGAAGAGCCAGAACCAGCAGAAGAGGCCGACCACGCUGAAGCUGGACGUGGGGGCGGCGCAGCGGGCGCCGCCGGAGCGACUGCCCAGCCCGCGGCCGCAGACGGCCACGCUGGACAGACCGCGCAUCCUCGACAUCGCGCUGCUGGGUAAGAUCGACAUGACGCUGACGCGUAAGGCGCUGCUCUCCAUCUCCAGCCUGUGCGCGGGCGCGCCGGCCGACGCGGCCAAGCGGAACGGCGCGUCGCCCGGAGACGGCCGCGGCGGCAAGUCGCGCAGGUUCGCGGGGGUGGCGGCGGCGGCGGGGGUGGCGCGCCGGGGGCGGCAGCAGCCAGCCGCGGGCCGCUCCUCGCACACCGACGACGACGACGGCACCAGCAGCGGCACGGCGCCGCCCACGCCGCGCCGCCAGCCGGCCAAGAAGCAGCAGCAGCUGAAGGUGCCGCCGGCUCGCAGGCGGCCCGCGCCCGCGGGGGAGGCGGAGGAGGCGCGGGCGGGGGCGGGGGCGGUGCCGCAGCCCUGCACCACGUGCGGCCGCCACGAGCAGCCCGAGCGCCUCCACAGCCACCCGCCUGCCAGGCACCAACAGGCCGCGCAGUCGCAGCCGCAGGCCCAGCCGCCGCCGCAGCCGCCCAAGAGCUCUGUGCGGAAGCCGAUGCCCAUCAACUUCCGCAGCUCUGCCUCGACAGCCCAGCAGCAGCAGCAGCAGAGCUCCGCCGCCGCCGCCCCCGCGCCUGACAAGUCCCCCGGCCCGCAGCCGUCCGCCUCCGCCGCCACCGUCACCGUCGCAGCAGCACCAGCCUCCUCUGCGUCCGCCCCCGUGGCCGCCCCCACGCCAGCCACCGCAGCCGCAAACGCCCCCGCCGCCCCGAGGGCGCCGGGCCGCCCCCGCACAGUGGUGUGCUACCUGUGUGGACGCGAGUUCGGCACCAAGUCGUACCCGCUGCACGAGCCACACUGCCUCCAGAAGUGGCACCGCGAGAACAGCCUGCUGCCCCCGCAGCUGCAGCGGGAGCCGCCCCCGCGGCCGGACCAGCCGCCCACCACGAGCCAGUGGAACCACCUGGCCUGGGAGGCCGCCCAGGGGAGCCUGGUGCCUUGCGAAAACUGCGGCCGCACCUUCAACCCGGACCGCCUGGAGGUGCACCAGCGCAGCUGCAAGGCCACCCAGCCCAAGAGGGCGCCUGUCCACCAGCAGCAACCGCCGCAACAACAGCAGCAGCAGCAGCAGCAGGAGGCGAAGGGGAUGGGGGAGCCGUUCUCGGCGGCGGCGGCCGCCGCCAUGGCGCGCGUCGGCCACGCCUGCCGCUGGUGCGGCCGGCUGUUCGGCAGCGCGUCGCUGCGCAUCCACGAGGCGCAGUGCGCGCAGCGCCAGGACCGCGCCGCCGCCCCCGCCUCCGGCGCCGCGUCGCCCGCCCCCACGUCGCCGGCCUCCGCCUCCGGCGCCGCCUCCCCGGAGCACCGCCCGCGCGGGCCGCGCAUGCUGCUCUGCUACCUGUGCGGGCGCGGCUUCACGCAGGCGUCGCUGCACAUCCACGAGGCGCAGUGCCUCAAGCGGUGGCACCAGGAGAACGACCGCCUGCCGCCCGCGCAGCGCAGGCCCACCCCGGAGCGACCCGCCAUAGUCCUCACAGAGAGCGGCGGCCUCGACCUGGAGGCGACGGUGGAGGCGGCGUGGCAGUCGCACCUGCAGCAGCUGGUGCCGUGCCACGGCUGCGGCCGCACCUUCUACCCGGACCGGCUGGAGGUGCACCGGCGGGCCUGCAAGGGGCAGGGCCGGCGCUGACCACUCGAGUGUCUGGCAAACUGGAGACUGUGUCGUCGUAGCCGUCUGUAACCACUAACUCCAGAGUGUUGUGCGUGGUAACCUAGUUCGAUACAAUUACCUGUGUUAACGAUUAACAUUUAAUAACCUGUGUCAGAAAUUGAAAAGGACUUCUUAAAUUUCCAAAAAACGUGAAAUAAAAUUUUUAUAAAAUUGG